UCGUCUUCCUCCGGAGACUCCUUCCAGGAAGGACCCAGUCUCAAGGGCUGGUGGAGCUUAGCCGGUUGCCAUGCCUUGGAGGAUUCCCUGUGGAGGCGGUGGCGGUGGCAGUGUUCAUCCUGCUCACACCUUCCCUUGUCUCUGAGGAUGGGCAGUGGUGGUUCCUCAGGCAGGGAGGAGCGGCUGCCAUCAGUGGCUGAAGAACAGCUGAGUGGAGGGGAUCAGAUGCUAGAGCUCUCUGGGCGCUACCUGAGGAAGCUGCCGACGCCAGUAUGUGCCCUGAGCACUCUGCAGAAGCUCUACAUCAGUGGCACGGGGAUCACACAGCUGCCUGACGAGAUUGGGGGAUUGCAAGAGCUACGCAUCCUGGCCCUGGACUUUAACAAGCUGGAGGAAGUGCCCAGAACCUUGUGCUGCCUUCCCCACUUGACUCGGCUCUAUCUGGGCAGCAACCGCCUCUUUGCCCUCCCUGCGGAAUUCUGUCAGCUCAAGACUCUCCGUUGCUUGUGGAUUGAGAGCAAUUAUUUGUACCACUUUCCCCAGGUUCUCCUCCAGAUGCCCGAACUGCAAUCCUUGCAGAUGGGAGACAACCGUCUCAAAACCUUACCAAGUGGCCUGCCACUCAUGAAGGGUCUUCGAGGACUUUGGUUGUAUGGAAACCGUUUUGCGGAGUUUCCAAAACCUUUACUUCGCAUGAGUCAGCUUCACAUUCUUGAUGUGGACCGUAACAAGCUGACUGAAUUCCCUGACUUGAGUCACCUGCGGAGGCUCCGACUUUUCUCCUAUGACCAUAAUCCAGUGGAAGCACCGCCCAGUGUGGCUGACACUGUCCUUGUAGUGGGUGAGGGAGCACAGGAAUUCAUGGAGGCUAGGGAGGAACGUCUCCAGGCUCUUCGACAGCAGAAAGCAGAAGAGCAGGAAGAGAAUGAAUCUGAAGUUUUACAACCCAAUAUGAAAAAUGAUUCCACUGUAUUGGAGGAGGAGGGAAGCUUUUCUGCUCUGGAAUGCUCUCCUGAGGAGACAUGAAAUAUUAGUAAUGGCAUGAUUGCUGCUAAAGAAAUCUAGUAGGUACUGAUAGGUUUUCAAAUCUGCAAUUGACUUGUAGAAAAUUAAGAGCUGGGCACUCCCCCUUGUCUCAAAAGUUGCAGUCAGAGGCAGGAUUGUGGGUAGCAGAUGACUACAAUAGUUGAUAGCCCUUUGUAAAGAACAUUGAUCACCUAUUCAUCAGAAAGCUUGUUGUCUUCUUAUUCUGAAUGGAAUCAUGGGCAGCCUCUGCCAAAAUGUCUGUAGUGCUUUAUGGGUAAUUUUGUGUUCUGUCUAAUCCUAGGGCACAACUCCCUAAUUUGAAGUAUCUAUAAUGACCACAUAUGGCUGACAGAAACAGAAUUUCAGAUUGACAUUCUAUUUGCCUGGCAUUGUAAAGUGAAUCUCAAAAGCAAGACAGGAUAAAGCCAUUUUUUUGGUUUAUUCCCCAGUCCAUCCCCAUAAUAACUUUCAUUGUCAAAAUUUUAAUCCCAUAACUGGAAUUAGACUUGGAGGGAAACCUAUUCCUUCAGCUGUUAGGUUUGAGAAGAAGCUCAGGUGAAAUCCUUGUUUGUGCAUAGAGCUAUUUGUCCUGGAAAAGCUUUGCUUCUAUUCUUUUUACAGCAGGAAAAAGAGUCAUGCAUUACUCUGUUGCUUUCCUGGACUUUCUAUUCCCUUAAAGGGGCACAGAAGCAAAACUGAUAUGACCUUGGCCACUGCAGAUUUGCAUGGAUAUAGAACCGAAGAGGGAGGCGGCCACAGGACUUUUUCUUGUAUGGGAGUGUGACAGGUUCAUUCUCCUGGGGUCCUUUGGGCUAGAUUUGUAUUAAAUCUAAGCAAUAAAAGCCUGUUAGAGAAGAGAAGGAGGGAAGGGCACACAUUCUCAGGGAGAUUGCUACAAAAGCAGGAGACCAAAGGUGUGAGGUAUCGCUGUUUUAAAGAGAGUUGUAAACGAAAUUACAGUACCUAGUGAAUGGAAUCAUGUUUCUCAGGCAUCCUUGUUACAUAUAUUAGAAAUCCUGCUUUUGCUAUAUCUGAUUGCGCACUUUUCUCUGUUUUCCUGCUUCUGAGAUUUCUUUGCUUCCCCUUUCUGAUUUCCUUUUUUCCAUAAUUAUCUGCUGCUGUCCUUCCCUGCCUCCCUUUUCAGAAUACAUUUCUUUGUCAACUGAGUUCAGUCUUUCUCUGGACUGAUAGCACUUUCCUCAGCCUCAAUUUCAAUAUCUGUCCUGGCACAAUAUGGUAGCCAGCAUCAACAAAGUUAAUGUCUUUUUCUUGGAUUAAUUUUAGCUUUAUAAUGAACAUUUAUGCUGUAUGUUGUCUUAUUAUAGUUUAUUUUUCAUUAAUUUUUCAUUAACAUAUAUGGAAAUAUAUACCCCCCCUUCAUUCUCACUGUUGUUUUCUUCUGACAGAGAAACAAAGAAAGGCUUUCAGUGUAGUACAGUGAUACUGAGUGCAAUUAUCAGCUUCACCUUUUUUCCUUUUUAAUUGGUUGCAACCAUUUUACAUGGGAUGUUUUCACACCUUUGUUAGGCUAACCACCUAAUCACUGUCCUUUUUUGGUGUGUGAAAUCUCAUACCAUGGAUGUUCAGUCCCACACCUAAGUCAUUCAUAUGCAGCUUCUGCCUCAUAGCCACAUGGUGCUGUCAUAAUUGAAGUACACAGUAGCAAUUUUUGUUGGCUUCCAUAUCCAUUUUUAGCAUCACAGUGUUUACUGCAGUAAGUGAGGCCGUAUGUUUGAAAUAUUAGUUCGAUAAUUGAACUGUUGAACAUUUUGUCAAAGCAAACAAUAGAUUUGGCAUGACAUAGGUUCCCACCCGAACUAGGUCAGUAUUUACCAAACUGAUGUUUUCUUCUUCUAAGAGGUUUCGUAUAGUAAUUGUCUCUGUAUUCAUUACAAGAAUUCAAAAGGGAAAAAGAAUUCAUUUCUCACUUUUAAGUGAAUUUUAAUCAUGACUGUAAUGAACUCUGUAGUUCUGUGCUAACCACAGCAACUUGAAAACAUUCAGAUAAUUCAUGACAACUUUUUCUCAGUAUUUAAGAAACAGGACCUCAUAGACCAAAAAUUUUGCUGGAUUGGUUUUAAUCUUCCAUGAAUAUUUCCUUUCUAGAAUGCUAUUUAGCAUGCCAGAGGAAUUGAAAAAACAUGCUGACUACAAACUGGUGAUGGUUCAUAACAUGUGUCAUUCAGCAUUAAGAAGGGUUCACAUUUGGCAAAGUUCUGCUUACUUGGCAAACACUGAAAAAGUAGUGGGUUGGUUAGCAACUAAAAAAUGCAGUAGAGAACACAAAUACUUAAGCCAUGAAAAGCUAAAUUGGCAGGGUCCCUGUUAGAAAAAUAUUGAGUAUGCUUGAUGAUAUAAUGUAAUUAUGAGGAAUGGGUGGAAUUGUGUCAUCUUUGAAAAACACAAUUAGGGCUGUCCCUGUCAGAGACAGAGCUGUCCCUCUGCCAUUCCCUCUGUUGAAAAACAUUUGCACCACUUAGCUUGUUCUUCAUUCCUGUACUAGCUUGCUACCUUCAGGUGCUACUCAAUUACCAGUAUUAAAGUUGUAUUCAUGUGCUAAACGAAUUCAUACAUCUUAACAUUUGCCUUGAGUAGCUGAGUCUUGGGUUAGCAUCAAACUGAGGUUUUACUGCACUUCAGGCAAAUGCAUUUUGUCAUUAGGACAGGGAAUUUUCAAUCCUUGAUAGAGGUUGGAGAGUGGUCUUUGCAGCAACCAGCAUCCUGCCGGAGUAGAGCAGGUGGCCUACUGUGCAAUACACUACAAAUUAUACAAUAAUUGUCCAACUGUAGCCCCAGGAAGGGUUGUGAGAGCCACAGUAAUCUCUAAGCACGUUUUCUUAUUUCAAGUGGCUGUGACCCAGGGCUCUUUAGUAAUACUAAAGAACUGGUUCUCUGCAGUUAGCUAGACGUAGAAUUAAAUAUUGUUUCUUAUGGCAGUUAUAGAAGAUUGACUAGCAAAAAUCCUUCUGUGAUACUUCCAAUUAGAUUCUGAUUAACAAAGAAUCAUUUCUAACUUUAAUUAGAAGCUUCCCAGGUGUAGCGUCAGUCUCUAAUUGUGAUCUGUUCAUAGCAUCCUAACUAUCCCUUAAUUAAUUGCCUUUCCCAACAGGAGCUUUAAGCUAUUGGUUUUUGGUUUCCUUGAAAAAAUAUCAUGGAAUCAUGCUACUUUUAAAUUUAAAAUUUAAAGGGAAAAUAAUUAAAAGAAAAUGAUAGUGCUGAUAGAAAUUAGGGUUGACUAAUAAAAAAGGUAAAAUCAGUAACACUCUGACCACAAUGAACAGGAAAUAAUUAGUGGCUACAGCUACUAGAAGAAGCUUUUAUUUAAAAUAAAAAUAAAUUUAUCUUGAAAAAUGUGGUGGUGUUUUA